UAGCCUAGAACCUAAACGGCUGGACUUUUUUCUCAUUUGGGUGGCUUUGCGGAAGAAAAACAACCUUUGCAAAACCAGCCUCGGGGGUUCAUUGGUUUCAUCUGCUUGAUUUUCGCAUCGACGUUAGUUCGACGGCGCCGCACGUAUUUACAAGGAUCUAAUUUAAGAAGGAAAGGAAAAGCAAGCAGGAAGAUAUUAAAGGGAAAAAGAAAUAAGGGGCGGGAUGCAAGAGAGAAACAGACUGGAAGAUAUUGAUAGGCUGGGACACACCGGAAAACAAGAGGAUUAAAGAAUCUCCUAAAGCUCGAAAGAAAUGAAGCCUAUUAAAAAACAAGGAAGACGGUCACCCCCCUCCACUCGCGCCAAGGGAGUUAAGAGAAGGACAGCAGAUUGUAGCCCACAAGAAGAGAAGCGAGACACUGAAGAAAAAACCCAAACUUCACCUACCUCUCCCAAGAGGCAAAUCUCCUCAAAUUCAGACUCGUCGCAGGAUGGGCCAGUGAGAGGCGAGUGUCCAGAAAAGGAGGGAGUCCAAAGCAACAUCAUUCUCAGUAUAGCAGGGGAUUGUGGGAAGGUAGAGGAGCGUCCUGGGAGCUCCAAAUCUGGUGGAACCCAGAGCGACAGCAACAGUAGCACUACCAGUGCCAGCAAUAGCCCUUCAUCUAAUCGCAAGACGGCCACUUUUAAGGCCCGUGUGCCCAAGAAGAAGUACACCUCUGAGCACUGUGCUGGAAACCAUGGCAACGGCAGCACUCCCAGCACACCCCCACAAAUCAGCAGCAGCAGCUCUCACAAUGGUGCUUGUGCUAGCCGGGGCCCAGAUGCCUCUGUUGCACACGCAGACCCACACGGCCAAAGCCAGCCAGCUGAGGAGAGCUUCAUUGGGUACUCGCACGACAGUGUAACUGUUCCUAGAGCUGCUUGUGAGGGAGGAGAGAGGGAUGGGAUUAGCGCAUCCAGUCCGCAGCGUUGUUCCUCGACAGAUACAGCAAGUGAGCAUUCGGCUGAACUAGAAGUGACAGCAUCAGGACCAGAUCCUCACUCCAAAUCCCAAAAGCCACAAUCACAUAGCACUUCAACAGUUCUUGCCAAGGGUCUCAAGAAUCAGAGAGUUCUGGCACGACAAAGCCCCAGAUUAGGGGAGGGCUGGCCUCCCGAUAGGGGCCGUAAUAUGUCGGGAGUGUUUCGUGCCGGCGUUGUUCGAAGAGUCAGCGAGGAGCAAGGGAGUGUAGAGGUGCAGCUUAACGGAGAGAAGACCAUAUGCAAGUAUCCUUUUCGAGUGGCUACAGAUUUUGUUGAUUUAAUUUUGGAUGCACCCCCUCCUGGAAUGGCCCCAGUGGCUAUAGGCACACAAGUCUGUGUUCCCUUUGGAGGAGGCGAUGAGGGCGGCGAGGGAGCUCGACAGUGGUACAGAGAAGGUGUAGUCACUCAAGUUGAUCAGCAUCCUGCUGUGUCUUUUCCAUACCGUGUCCAGCUACGGGAAGAUCUAUCCGAUGAUAGAAAGGAGAGGAGAGAGGAAGAUGUAAGGGGGAUCAACGCCCAGGCCAUUUGGGUGGCAAGACAGAAUCUCCGCCUGCUGGUUCCUCCAUGGGACUUGGAGCCCCCCCAGCCAGCUGAACCGGGGAGUGGCGGCAGGAGGGGGAGGGAAAGAGAAUGGGAGGAAAGAGAGGAGAUGGAGGUUGAGCAGGAGGUCUUCUGCCUGACCAGAACCGCAUUUGAACUUCAGACUUUUCAGCAUCCUGUAUCAGUACCUUUUACAUCACCUCUUUCUUCAUCCUCUGUUGUUAGCACUGCCAUCACCCCUGUACUAAGUGUAGCUCCAAAUAGAGACUGGGAACAUAACCGAGAAAAGGAUUAUGAGAGAGACAGAGACUUGCAGAGGCACUUAGAGAGAGAAAGGGAAAGAGAUAGAGAAAGGGAGAGGCACAAGCAUCAUCCUCUUCAUCCCUCCACCCCGGAGGAAGACAUGGAGGUCAGCCGUCUUAGCCAGCAAAGCAAAGCUCUAGGGCUUCCCUCUCAACAUAGACCUAUUCUUUCAAAACAAAGCUACCUCAGCACACACCCUCACCUUUCUAUGGUUAGAGGCACCCCAAUUGCACCUCACCUGCCCCUCGCCCCUCAUCCAAAUCAUCCCCCUGUGGUUUUGGGCCUGGAUUCAGCUACAGGGACAGCAGUUAUCUCCUCCACACCCCAGCUGCCUCCCCUGCCUCCUACAUCUUCAAGAGGCUCUCUGGACAAGACCCCCAACUCUAAUUCACACAGUGCGUCAGGAGGGGGCGGGUCUGGGUCUGGGUCUUCCUCCUCUUCGUCACGUUCCCGCACGCCCCUCACGGCUGCUCAGCAGAGGUACAAGAAAGGAGAUGUGGUGUGCACCCCUACAGGCAUCCGUAAAAAGUUCAAUGGCAAGCAGUGGCGCAGACUGUGUUCCCGCGAGGGCUGCUCGAAAGAGUCCCAGAGACGCGGCUACUGUUCCCGCCAUCUCUCUAUGCGCACCAAGGAGAUGGAAGCUGGAGGUGGGGUGGGCCGAGACCGAAGCGGUGCUAGCAGCACCGGGACUAUCACGCCUGACCUUCGCUUAGGUGGACGCACCAGCAGUGAGUACGACUGGGAUGACAACUCACGAGACAGCAGUGAAGCUAGCAGCCGUGGUGGGGACUCUCGGCCACGUCUGGUUAUGACCUCACUCAUUCCACAAGAUCUGGCCCGCUUUGACUUUGAUGAGUGUGAGGCUGCUAGUAUGCUGAUGUCACUCAGUAGCUCACGCUCAUGCACGCCUUCCUACUCGCCUGUCUCCAACCAGUCACCAUUCUCCCCAGCACCGUCCCCCUCCCCCUCUCCGCUGUUUGGCUUCCGCCCAGCUAGUUUCAGCCCUAUUACUGCACCUUCAUCUCUGACCCCUCGUCGCCCUCGGCACUUUAGUGGCCCCAAGAUUCUGGGCACCCCCAAUGCAGAACGAGAGCGCCAACACUCUGGCAUCGUGCCCACUUUUCAGACCAACCUGACGUUUACUGUACCUAUGAGCCCCAGUAAGCGUAAGCUAGAUGCCCCACCACCCCCACUGCCCAGUGCUGACUAUCCAAAAUCUGAUCCCCAUGACCCUGCACUUGGCCUCAAUGCUCCAGGAUUCAGAGUUCUGUCUCCCCAAAGCCAGCUUGCCAACCCUUCUUCUCUUUCAUUCCCUCGACAGAGGAGCACCACAAGUCGGCCUUCAUCUUCUGCUGCCUCAACACCUCCCCCCAUGCUAGUUUCCCCAACACCGCCCUCACCUCUGCCACAGGACCCAAGCUCACGGCGCAUCGUUCCACUUCGUGAUUCCCCUGUCAUUGUUCGGAAUCCAGAUGUACCUUUGGCAAAGUUCAGUGAUGGUCCCAUGAGCCGUAGAGGAAGCUCACGCUCAAGAGAGCAAAGCCAGCCUCCUCACCUGGCUGUUGGACUCCAGGCCCCCGUGCCCAUCAACGGCACUGCCACCAACGGAGCCGUUCGGCUCCGGAGUCCUCCACCCACUUUAGUCUUGGUGACCUCCUCCCAGUCUUUGACACCUGUGGCACCCGGACAUCAAACUUACUCAAACUCCACUACUUUGAAUGUGUCCACCUAUGAUACUGGUCCUGUCUUAGCAGUAUCUGGCUCGGGAGGGAAAGAGCAAGAAAGAAAGCCAGGUGGUCAUUCAGAUGCAGGUGGUGGCGCUUUGCCGCAGCCCGUUGCUUGCCAUCCUUCACCUACAGCCCUGUUACCCCUCAUCCUCCCAGCCGAGUCCCCUCAUCCUGCUCCCCGCAAGGACAUCAUCAUAGGACGACCUGGCACUGUCUGGACCAACGUUGAACCGCGCUCUGUACCAGUGUUCCCAUGGCAUUCAUUGGUUCCUUUUUUGGAGACAAGCCAAUCAAAAAUGUCCACCCAGCCUGCGGACAGCCAAACACUUCAUCAGAGCAAAGAACCACGGUGUGGAGUUGCCCUUGUGACCGAGGGACGUUCUGACCAACCAGCACCAGAGAGAGGUUCCCCAUCGUGCCCUCCUCCUGCUGAAGAUCCACCUAUGGAGAGAGAAGGAGGCGACAGUGAGACAGAGAGUGAUGCAGAUGAUCUAUUUUUUCCAGGUGUGGCCCAUGAUCCGUCUCCAUCCGCCAGUGCGAAGCGACGCACACAGUCUCUAAGUGCACUGCCCAAAGAAGGUGACAAGAAGAGGGAAAAGGACCACAUCAGAAGGCCGAUGAACGCCUUCAUGAUCUUUAGUAAGCGUCACCGUGCGCUGGUGCAUCAACGACACCCUAACCAGGACAACCGCACCGUCAGUAAAAUACUGGGCGAAUGGUGGUACGCUCUGGGAGGCAAAGAGAAGCAGAAGUAUCACGACCUUGCCUUCCAGGUAAAAGAGGCACACUUCCGGGCUCACCCCGAUUGGAAAUGGUGCAACAAAGACAGGAGGAAGUCUCUGUCUGAGGGCAGGGGAACUCCAGGGGCAAAAGAAGCUCGCGAGCGCAGCAUGUCUGAAAGCACAGAGGGCAAUUCUGCAUCUCAGGGGCCAGAACCGAAAGGAGCCGGGCCCAGCUGGACAUCACCCCGGGGUGACGGGCACGCAGGGCAGCAUCAGCGACCUCGCGCCUUUUCUCACAGUGCCGUGAAUGCUCUGGAGAGUAGAGAGGAAGAGAGAGAGCUAGAAGGUGCUGGUCUGUUUCAGCCCCGCUCCCAGAGGAGGGCCAGUGAGGACGUUACCAGUGACGAAGAGCGUAUGGUGAUCUGUGAGGAAGAAGGGGAUGAUGAUGUCAUAGAGGAUUCGCUUACCGAGGGCUCUAUAGACCUGAAGUGUAAAGAGAGAGUGACAGACAGCGAUGACGACAACGAUCAUCCAGACGAAGCUGACUGCAAGCGCACUUUCCACUCGGUCCAUUCCUCUUUGCCGUUUUCUCCUGGUGGAGAGGGGCAAGAGAACACAAAGAAGAAAAGAAGAGGCAUGGGGGGAGCGGAACAGGAGAAUGGGGAGCUUAAGGAAGGCAGAGGAGGAGGAGGGGGACAGGUUCCUCCUCACCCAAUUUCAGCCUCAGUGGCUAGCCAAAAUGCUACGAUGCCUCACGGUGCGGGGACGUACAAUGCUGGCGGUGUACGGAUGGCCCCUACCAUAGUGACCAAUGUCGUUCGUCCCAUCACAAGCACCCCUAUCCCCAUCGCCAGCAAACUAGCUGACGGAGGCAUGCCUGUUGGGACCUUACCUCUAGAUUGGAAAUCCAAGCUACUGAUUGGUUCUGGCGAUGCAGCAGGGGGUGGGUACCUACCCUCUUCUUCUCCUAAACCUAAUAGCCAAGGAAGCUUAGUCACCGGGGUAGUCCUAGGAGGCACCUUCUCUAACCAACCCACCGUUAGGCUUAUCACCCCACCCCAUCCUGCUCCAUGCAAUGGGACGGCGAGCAACAGCUCCAUACCCCUUCCCAUAAUUCACCCACAGUUCCUUCCUGCCACCUCUAUAACAUCCGCUAGUGUCGGAAAACCUGUGACACAGGUGCAGUACAUCCUUCCAACGUUGCCUUCAUCAGCCAAUCCUAACAGCCCCUCCUCGCUGCAGAUCCAGCAGCCAUCCAGUGUCCUUGCUUUGCCCAGUGCACCGCAUAAUCACGCGACCCUAUCCAAUGGGGUACACUCAGGGGGAGGCCAAGGAAUAAGAUAUGCCUCAGUCCCAGCAAUGGGAGGAGUCAGCACAUGUGGAGGAGUUCAAGCACAGUCCCCAGUCCUGCAGAGCAAGAUGCUGGUUCCCAUGGCAACUGUCGCAGCAGGAUCCACACCUCCGCAGCCAAUUUCUCUGGUGGGUCCACCCCUUCCUGUUCAAAAUGGGGCUCAACCAGGAAGUAAGAUGAUUCAAAUUGCACCAAUGCCAGUGGUCCAAACAAAUAUGCAUCCCGGAGGCUCAGUGCAAACUGGUACCUCCUUCCCUGUCUCUAUGGCAACCGCGACUGUCGUGGCCUCUGGCCCCACCCCUCCGCAGACUGUACUUUUGACACAGCCACCCACGAGGAUCACAUACGUCCAGUCUUCUCCUGGAGUAGCCACACCUUUGCCAUUGGGAUCUACACCUGCAGUCUCCUCCACCCAGCAGGCUCUAUCCCCCGCGGGUCGACCUUUCUUGCAGUCUCCGGUGGCAACUCUUGGCUUUACUGCAAUUGCCCCUGCUGGCCAGACUUUGGUGCAACCUAUCCAAAGUCAGCCACCCCUCCUGGCUGCACAAGCCUCGACAGCCACCCGUCAGGUUGUAGCUGCCGUUUACCCAAAUGGCAGUCUCGCAGGAGGGGUUGUGUCCAUAACAGCCGUGCCACACAGCACCGCAAGUUCCACAUCCACCCCAGUGACAUCCCCAUCAUCUCAAAUCAAAACCUCCUCAAACCUGACCGCGCAACAGCACCCGCAGGCAGACAGGCAGUCUCAGGUAAACAUGCAGAUGGAGGGUGAGAGAGAAGUAGAGUCGAAGAAAAAAGAUGCACUGAGAGAACCCAUAAUGUCUAAUGAUGGACGUCAGACACCAUCUAGUGGUGUGGAGGAAGCAGUGCAGCCCACCGGUACAUCACACACAAAUGCAGGUCAACAUUAUGAAUUUAAGGAUGAUGGAAAGAAAGGAAGCAAAUCAGAGAGAGAGUACGAGAGAAGUGUUGAAGGGGCUGCGUCUCAAACAGAGAGAGCUGAGAGAGCGAGAGCGAUGGAUGGAGUGACCGAGACUCCAUCCGAGACCAACAACAAGGAGGCAGGACGGAGGGAUGCCUGUGCCCUGGACCCUCCACCACCUCCUGUACAGACUGACGCCCCUUCGACUAAAAAGACCAAGUUCCGCCCUCCUCCACUUAAGAACACCACCGAUUCUGCUGGCAGGGUAUCAUUCGGCCCCUCUUUUGAAGAGCGUCUUGCCGAGUUGCCGGAGUUUAAACCAGAGGAUGUCCUUCCCUCUCCCAAUCUACAGAGUCUUGCAACUUCACCUAGAGCCAUACUGGACAGCUACCGGAGAAAGAGAAGAAACUCCACAGAUCUAGACUCCGCCGAUGACCCCAGUUCACCGAGGAGGAAGAGUCGCCGUCUGUCCAGCUGCAGCUCAGAGCCCAACACACCCAAGAGUGCUGCCAAGUGUGAAGGAGAAAUCUUUACCUUUGACAGGACCGUUGGAGAGACAGAACAUAUUCUGGAGGAGUUGGAGCGUGUGCCACCCUCGUCUCUGCGUCGAAUGCUGGACCAGCGGCGAGCGCUCGUAAUGCAGCUGUUCCAGGAGCACGGCAUCUUUCCCUCAGCUCAAGCCACAGCUGCCUUUCAAACUCGCUACUCGGACACUUUUCCCAACAAGCUGUGCCUGCAGCUGAAGAUCCGCGAGGUACGGCAGAAGAUUAUGCAGAACGCCAGCAGUUCGGAAGUCAUAGGCGUGGCCAGCGGCUCUGACUCCGCCUCCACCCCUGGACCAUCCAAUCCAGUGCCCAGGGAGAAUUCCGAGCCGGAAGAAAGGGGGAGGACUUCGGAAGCGCCAAAGAAAGACGCGGGCGAUCUGCCGUAAAAGAGAUGAAGAACGACGGAGAAGAUAAACGGAGCGGAAAGACGAAGGAUAAGUGUAGGGGCGGACGAUAGAAUUGCGUAAAACCAUUUCCCCUGCCGUUAAACAGCUCCUCGUGGAUGUGGAUUUUGCUUCAUUUCUAUCGGAAACGGUUUCGUUGCCAUUCGGGUUCACUUCGUCGAUGUUUUGUUGUUAUAUGCACACACAUGCUCACGGUCACACACUUUAUGCAAUGAACACAGAAACGUCACUUUCACGCGUUAACAAGUUGCACAAGAAUCGCACUCGUUUGCAUAUGCCACUUGUGUUAGGCAGUCAUUGGUCCGCCUCGGCGUUAGGGGGCGUGGCUUCACUUUCUGUCUGAAGUUUCGAGCCCUUCAAUGCUGCACCACAGGCAGCACCAAACCAGCCUGUCUGCACAUGCUCAGUAAGCCCCCGCCGGGUAAACACGGGCUAGCACAGAUUUUUUUUUAUCGAAUGGACUGAAUGUUUUAACAAAUAGAAGAGAUCUUAGACUGUUUGAGGUACCGGUAACUUUCAAUCCAAAAUGGGGAGGGGGGAAAUGCGUUUGCACUUUUAUUUGUGAGAGACUGAGAUGGAAAGCAAUAGACAGGGAGGAGCAGGGUCUUCAUGCGAAUAUUACGCCCCCGUUGCGGGUAACAUGCGUUUGCUUUUAUUGUACUUCAGCGUGGGCUGUAAAUUUAAAAACAGGUUUUUUCCCCAGAAGCAACAAGCUCGUAAUCACCUAGACCAGCGGAGCAGAAAACAGGCUACGGUGACCGCCAAUAACGCAUCACAACACAGCACAUUCAAACCGAAAAAGGAUCACAUCACCCUCAGAAGAAUGAAAAGAAGAUAUAAAGGAAUAUAGACACUACCCCUCUUUGAAUCAACUCGUAAUUAUGCUUUGUCGUUCGUUGUUGUGUCGUAAUGGUGGAAUUGACUGAUAUAUUUUUUGUAUUAGCUUGCGCCUCUCUUACUCAAGUAAUAUUUUAAGCAUGGACUAAUCCAGCUAUCUAAGUGUUGGAGCAAAUAAGUCAUAAAAAGACUCUGUUUUAGCUGAAGCUCCUCUUCUCUGGCCUCAAGUUUAGGUUUUUCCUGUACACUGUAUAUAACCGUAACGGCUGGGGAAGGGGGGAUAGGGUGGGCUUAAAGCUCUCUCUGUUCGUUUCCUCUAUUCUUUCGUUCGUUUUUAUAUUUCAAUCAGGUGUUUGCACAAUAUGUGGUCCUAGACCAUGGUUUAAAUCAGGAAAGUAUUUGUUUUUAGAUAUUUAAAAACUAACCAACAACCUUGUUCCAUUGUGUUUGAUUCUCCCCCUUUCGUAUCCCCCUUAUUUUUUCACGUCCUUGAAACUUUUAACUGAAGUGUUGAUGGAAAGCGCCACUUUAAGCGCUGGUCUGGAGUCAGAGUGAGCUUUGCAGCCUGGCACGACUUCGGGAUUACGCAAGGGACGGCUGACCCGAGACCAGCGCUGCGGCGGCAUUUCUCAGGAUCUCCUCUUUCUCGCUCUGCCUCUUCUUUCAUUGGUGCAAUAGGACAUGUGGGUGGGCAAUUUUUAUUGAAGUAGAUGAGUCACCUGUUAGUGCCAUAGAUUUUCACUGUAUGAGCUGUAAUAAAAUGAUAUAUGUAUUGAAAAGAGAGGGGGGUAAAGAAAUAUAUUACAUUUUAGAAGUAAGUCUUGAGAGAGAAUCCAAAACGAAAAUCAAAAAAAAAAGAAAAGAAAAAUGGAUAAAAAAAUUAACCUAGCACUUUUUUCGCGUCUAGUUUUGCUGAAAGAGAAGGAGCGAUGAGUAUAAAAAUGCUCCUCUGUCUUCACUUGAAUGUGUGACAAUAUAAAUGUAUAAAUAUAUCUAUAUAUUUCUAUAUGUCCAUGAUAUACAGAUGUCUGUGUGUGUGCGAGCGUACGGGCGUAUAUAUGACAUGCACCUUAACAAAACCCGUUCCCAAGCAAAAGCGUUUUAUAUUUUUCCAGAAAUAAUGCAGGGGCACUACUUCAAAAGACUGUUAGCAUAAGCCUGUGAACUGGUGGCUACUGGAAAGAUGGACUGAUUGAAAGGCAUAUAUAACCAUUCAACUCGAUUCUUAUUUUCGGCAUUUUCUUUUGUCCUUCCCCUACAUCAGACAUGCUUGCACACACACAAACAUACCUGCACAUGUAUGCGUGUACAACCUAUGAUUGUGUAUUCAAUAAACUGUCUUUACGUUGGAGGAGUUUUAGAACGAGAUGGGUGAGUGUAAACUCAUCAGCAGGCAUGUUGACCAUGUGCAAUAUUUCUAAACAAGAGAUUAUUGAAAAAGAUUAAAGACCUAACACAA